GAUUUAUUAGUUGUCUAUUAAUUAUUAAGGGCUAUGCUAUGGAUUUAGGUUAGGUUAUUUAUGUAGUGUAUAGGUUAUGUAUGUUUCAUCUACUUUAAUCAUUUAAUCGUGAAUUGUUAGUUAAGUACUCAAGUGCAGUUGAAAUUUAAUGAAUAUGUGACUAAAAUUUACUAUAUUAAUUGAUUUAAUCUUCAACUGGAAAAUGGCCGAUUCUGAAAUCUUAAUUAGUAUAAAAAAGGCGUUUCAGUAUUUGUACAACAUACUGGGUACAACAGCAUUCAGUUUUGCUAUACCUGUUAUUAUGUUUAAAGUAAUAAGAAGUAUUUACUUUAAUCAGAAUCAAAAAACCUUGGCCGGAAAGGUUGUAGUAAUAACAGGGGCAAGCUCUGGUUUAGGGGAAGCGUUAUCGCAUGAGUUUUAUAAAAACGGAUCUCAAGUUAUUUUAUGUGCUAGAAGAAGGCAAGAAUUAGAAAGAGUUCGUAAUGACUUAUUGCAAAUGUAUUCUACUACACCAACACAUCCACCUAUUAUAAUACCUUUGGAUCUCAGUGAUUUGACAAGCCUUGAAAACGUGGUAGAGAAAAUUCUUUCUAUCACUAGCCAUGUUGACAUAUUAAUAAACAAUGCAGGAAUUUCUCAUCGAGGGACCGUUGUUAACACUAAUGUUGAAGUUGAUAAAAAAAUUAUGACUGUCAACUAUUUUGGGACAAUUACAUUAACAAAAGCCCUUUUACCUUCUAUGAUUAAAAGACAAAUAGGUCAUAUAGUAAUGAUUAGUUCUGUCCAAGGUCUCAUUGCCUUACCUAAUAGAUCAGCCUAUAGUGCAUCUAAACAUGCUCUGCAAGCAUUUAGUGACAGUUUGAGAGCAGAAGUUGCUGCAAGUAACAUUUUUGUCACUGUCAUUAGUCCCGGUUAUAUAAAAACUUCAUUGUCUAUAAAUGCACUGACAGCCUCAGGGAAAAAGUACUCGAAGAUGGAUGAUACUACUGCGAAGGGCUUCAAUCCUGAAGAUGUCGCUAAAGAAGUAAUACAAGCAAUUAUUCAGAAAAAAAAUGAAGUGAUUGUGUCGUCUUCUAUUCCUAGAAUAGUUAUAAUAUUGAGAAAAUAUUUUCCAUGGCUGUAUUUCUUUAUUAUGGCAAAAAGAGCAACAAAACUUGAAACAACUUAAGGCCAUAAUUAAUAUUUAAAAUUUUAUAACCGGUUCAGAAAAAUAUUGCCUCCAUUCCACUGCUACAAUUAUUGUUUCGCCAAACUUCAUCAAAUGGAUGAUAAGUAUUGUUCUGGUUAAGAUUAUUCAUUAUUACAAACUUUUAGUAAGUUAAAAGUAAAGAAUUGUUUACGUUAAUUUGGUAAUCACAUAUUUCCUUUUUUGCACUGUGAUUGUGAGUUAAGAACUGCAUUUUAUUCUAUAAUUUUACAUCUGUCUUACUAAUGUGUUUUUGAAACUUUUCAAUUUGUUUUGUAAAUCCAGACUAUGCAAACAUUCGUUAGUAUGGUUAGUGCAAAACGAAAAGUUUUAAUUUUUGAAGUGGGCAGUACUCAUUUUAUUCAACUUUUUUAAAGUCGACAUACACAGGAUUAUUACGAUAACUUUUCGCCGGUUCCUGGGGUGAUGCUGUAACCUAGUUCUAAUGUGGAUAGUAACCUAUUCACCAACAUUGUUUUGUUUCUACCUUUAAUAUUUAAAAAGUGUUCAUAAAAAUCUUAACCAAUAUCAUACUUAUCUUCCAUCUGAAGAAAGUAAUGUUUGAUGAGAUAAUCGUAGUAUGUAUUAUUACAAAAAUUUUUAACCAACCUU